AGGGGCGCGCCCGGGAGAACCGAGCCGCGCGCCCCAGGAUCCUCCGCGCGGCAACAUGGCCGCGCCGGGGGCGGAGGCCGAGGUCCGACCCUGAGCGCUCCAUGCCUGCGGGCGCGAGGAGGCGUGGCCUCCCCCAGGGCCGCCGCCUUUGCUGGUUGCUCUGGGCUUUCACCUUAAAGCUCUGCCAGGCAGAGGCUUCCGUGCCGGAGGAGAAGCUGUCAGCGAGCACCUCGAAUUUGCCGUGCUGGCUGGUGGAAGAGUUUGUGGUGGCAGAGGAGUGCACUGCCUGUUCCAAUUUCCAGACUAAAACCACCCCUGAGUGUGGCUCCACAGGGUAUGUGGAGAAAAUCAUGUGUAGCUCAUCGAAAAGGAAUGAGUUCAAAAGCUGCCGUUCAGCUCUGAUGGAACAGCGUUUGUUCUGGAAAUUCGAAGGGGCUGUCUUGGGUGUGGCCUUGGUCUUCGCUUGCCUUGUCAUCAUUCGACAGCGACAACUGGACAGAAAGGCUCUGGAAAAGGUCCGGAAGCAAAUCGAGUCCAUAUAACUCCAUCCAGCCAUCAUCCUGGGUCCUGCAGACCUAAUCUCACACAGACAAGUGGAAUGGACUGAUUGGUACGCUCGUUGGAGCUUUGUGGCAGUGCCCCUUGCCCCAUUUUCCUUUUCUAGAUCAUUAAUGGGCAGAAUAAAAAGAGUAAAAUAGUUUC